AUGGAUUCAACUGCAACAGAAACUAUAUCUAAUAAUCAUUUUAUAACAGAUUCAUCUUUACAAACAAUUAAAUUUCAUAUUUAUUUAAGAUAUCGAAAUGUGUUCGAACAAUUUUCUGAAGUUGUUCGUACACAUUAUCCAAAUAUGAUAAUUAUUGGAGAAAAUUAUCCAAUAUCAUCUUGGAAAAUUUUCCUAACACGAAUAUUAUUUAUAAUUAAAAUUCUAUUAUUUAUUUGUAUUUUAUUAGAUCAAAAUUUUUUUUUAUUUCUUAAUAUUUCAACACCAAAAAUUUAUUUAUGGGCAUUAGAAAAUAAAAUUUAUGCAUGUUUAAUAAUUUUUUUUCUUUCAAAUUCAUUUGAAUCAUAUCUUAUAACAACGGGUGCAUUUGAAAUAUCAAUUAAUGAUAUAUCAUUAUGGUCAAAAUUUGAAACUGGUCGUUUACCAACAAAUAAUGAAUUUAUACAAAUUUUACAAAAAUUUAUUACUAAUUAA